UUAAUGUUUAUAUAUAUGUAUGUUUAUGUGUGCAAAAUGUCAUUUUUGUCCCUCUACAACUCGUGCCUUAAUCUUGUGAUAUUUUAAAUAUUAUUAUUCGUUAUUUGUUUAAACAAACAGUGACGAAAAUUUGUAAAUUGAAUAAAAAAGGACAAACAAUUAAAAAAAAAAAAAUAAUUUUUACGAAGAACGAAACAGGCUGAUCUCGUCAUUUUUAUCGUUUCCCUGUAUCUUGAACGCUCUCUCGCUCUACCCCGUUAGUCUUCCAUCAAAUCAACAUUUUGAAAUAUAUUUGAAUUUGAUAAAAGCUGAAAGAACAUCAACAUAAAACAAAACAAAAUGAAAUAAACGAGAUACACACAUACACAAACACAGACCGCGUAUAAAAGUCGUUGCAAUACAAUAAGAUUAUUUAUAAUUUUUGACUGUGCUGUUUUUUAAAUGAGCCAAAAAAGAAAGAACGAUAUCAAUCGUGUAUUGGUGAUCUCAUGUGAUUUAUAAAAUCCCUUACAAUAACUGUGUCAACAAAAUAUCAUAUAAUAUUUACACCUUUACAAUAGCAACAUAUUCGGUGCACAGAAGAAAAAAAAAAACUAUAUAAUAACUAUUUGGAGCAACUUUUUAUUAUUUUGCUCGUCAUAUUUUCUAUGUUGAUUUAUUGAGAAUUAAAUACGCAAAUCGAGAGGAAUUUUUCAACUGUCUACGUCGUCAUUUUUUUCGGGAUAUUCGGAAGGAAUCUCGAAAAACGAAUGCAACUUCAUUAUUGAAUUGUUGGUUUACUCGAAAUGGAAUUCGAAACAUAUGAGUCAGAAUUAGCAGACUACUCACUGCAAGACUCGCCAUUCUAUGAGGCUAACACCCCAAUCAUUUUCGGUUUAACAGCAUCAGCUCAAAGUGUAUUUGCAUCAAAUAAUUCAACAUCGAUGGUGGACGCAUUGAAUUUAUCACCGAAAAAAUAUACAUCGUCAUCGAUAAUGAUGUCGUCGGCGGCGGCAAAAUGUCAAUCAUCGCAUAAAUUGGCGUUUGAACGUUCAACAAAUGGUAAUCAUAUUGGUAAAUCUUGUAAUAAUAAUGAUGGUCCAAUAAAUCUAAACAAUGGCGGUGCCAUCGGUACAUCGUCAAAAAAACGCAAUGUUAAUGAAAUGGCUGAACGGUUCUUUUCAAUUAAAAAUACGGAUCUCGCUGCAAACAACACCACCACCACCACCACCACUGCUGCCACAACCACCGAAACCAAUAAGAAAAAGCGAAAAUGCGUCACAUUCUUACCAAAUUAUGUGCAGCAUUAUGACGGUGGCGCUCCAAUUCAAAUAAAAGAAGAGCCAGAGGAUUGUGGCAUUCGAAGUAUUCAAAAGGUACCAUCACUGUCCGAUCUCUCCGAUCCAGAGAAUUCAUUGGAAAUGCCCAUUGGUAUGCCCCCCUUGACACCUGGUUCGAAUAAAACAUUAACAGAAGCAUUGAAAGCAUCGUUUGCAAAAUGGGAAAAAGAAGCACAAAAUUAUAAUAUUUCAAAAGAUCCACGUCACUGGAGUGAAGAACACGUCGCUUGCUGGUUGACCUGGGCAACAAAGGAAUUCUCACUGGAAAGUGUGAAUAUUGAAGCAUUUUCUAAAAUGCGAGGUCGUGAUAUGAUUGCCUUAGGCCGAGAUGGAUUUUUAGCAAAAGCUCCACCAUUCUUAGGUGAUGUUCUAUGGGAACAUUUACAAGAAAUUCUACAAAAAGAUUGUGAAAAAUCACUGGAAAACGUACCGACAAACGUCUAUGAAUCAGUAUGCGGACCAGAAUUAUCCGAUUUUUUGGGCACACAACGAACAACACCAAAUUCACAAAAUUACACAAACAACAAACCGUUCGCAUCGAUAACAAACGGAUUUAAUGCACCUCAUGAUCGCAAUGAAAACUCCUCACCAUCGUCAGCAAUGUUGGCACACCCGCAACAACAUCAACAGCCUGUUAGUCAAAAUUCAAUGUCAUAUAAUGUUCAAGCGCACAAGAAUAUAUCGAGUUCAUCAACGUCCACUGGAGCAUAUAGUAUACAAAAUAUGAAAGAAGAACCGAGCGCAGGUGCAAACAACUAUCCAAAUGCUGUGAAUGGAAAUGGUUCAGAUGAUAUGGCAAGUUUUGGUUUGUUUACUCAUCCCGGUCCGUAUGAGGAGCCAGAGUAUCAUUCAUUGUCACAAGAUGCACAAAAUCAACCACCGUAUUUAGAAAAUAGUCCAGAAUUUUAUGCUGGUAUGCUCGAACAGAAAUACAAUCAACCAUAUCAUAAAAACCCAUUCAAUUCACGAGGACGUUUUCACGAUAAUUAUCCAGAUUAUACAGCAUACGAUUCACCAACGUUCCAAACCGUACCUAGCAGCACCACAUCGUCCGAUCAUUGGAAUGUUCAACAUCCACACAAUGGAGACUUUCAGCAUCCGUAUAUGGGUGCAAUGGGAAUUGAUAAGACAAUUCUUGGUGGUUAUCCAACAGCCGGUGGCAUUCAAUGUUUUAAUGGUACCGGUCCAAUUCAAUUGUGGCAAUUUUUAUUGGAGCUUCUUAUGGAUAAAACUUGCCAAAACUUCAUUUCAUGGACUGGAGAAGGAUGGGAAUUUAAACUCACCGAUCCAGACGAAGUUGCACGACGAUGGGGCGUUCGAAAAAAUAAGCCAAAAAUGAAUUAUGAGAAAUUAAGUCGCGGUUUGCGAUACUAUUACGAUAAAAAUAUUAUUCAUAAGACGGCUGGAAAACGAUACGUGUACCGAUUCGUAUGUGAUCUACAGAAUUUAAUUGGGUGUUCACCCGAAGAAUUGUGCGCCAAAUUAGACGUGAAAACUGAGAAAAGGGAUGACGAAUGAAAAUAC